AUGGCACACCGGGAGAUUUUAAAUAGUCAAAAACGGAAAAAUAUCAACACCCCUAUGACUGAAAUUCCGUUAAAGCUGAAAAUGUCUCCAUCUGAAGGUGUCAUCCCUGAGAUUCAAGGUCACGAAAACCUCCCCCCUCUUCAUCUAGCCUCCUAUUCGGCACUAUCUUCAGACGGCACACCCACUCUUUUUUUUAAAGAAAUUUAUCUGCACAUGGUCCUUAGACUUACAAAAGACGGGGAGCGGGUUAAUAACUAUAAAGGGCUAGACAAGGCAGUAAAACACUUUGAAGCUGGUGAUUUGUCACAAAUUAUGACUGCCCAGGCUAGCACAAUCAUGAAGUCACAUUGGGGGACUACUAAUGUAUCUCCAUCACCUCUACCUCAGUCAGGUCCUGAGUGCCGACAGCUCUACAUCAAAAUCCUGUCAGUGGAGCAUACCCAGACCAAUAAAGAUGCAACCAAAACCUCAGCCAAAAAAGAGUGGAAUUUUGGUAGACCUAAACUAGGUGAGGGAGGGGAGAUUGAGUUCAAGGAGAGAAAACAAAUCCACUUUGACCCACGCCAUCCUGAUCAAAGGUCUUUUGACCUUUCCAGAUCCAUGCAUCAAUUGAAGCUGUUAAGGGAUGUGUUUCCCAAAACUGGUAACCUUUUUCUUGUUGUUUUCUUUUAG